CAAUUCCGGAAAUAACUUUACGUAAAGCGCCAGUUUGGCAGUCCUGAGCGCUAUCAUGGAGUGGGAGUCAUUUUUGCGUAACCCAUCUGUAUGGGUCUGAUGUGUCGCUCGGCCAAGUACAACACAAAUAUCGGGUUUUAUCUUUUGAAAUAUUAGAAUUCUACCCAAUGCUGGUGCAGCUUCGUUAAGUCGCUUCCUGGUCUGAAGGCAAUGAGUGGACAAUAGACCUGAUUCAGAAUAGUCUUCAUAGCGAUAGGCCAGCUGAUAGGAUGACCCAUGUGGAGGAGUCUCAGACCGAAGGAGAAGGCAGCCCCCAGAUCCUGUCCCUCAGGUCCGAAUCAUCGGUGAACCACGUAGACGACGGCGACGUGGGACCAUCCGUGAGGAGGAAGAGGAGGAGAAAGCGAGAGCAGCGCCCGGAGUCCAUCAUCGUCUAUCGCUCCGAUGUGGAGCGAGGGCCCAGUGGUGACCAAGGAGGCGAAGAAGAGGGAGCAGAGAGGAGUGCCGAGGAAGGAGCCAAGUUCCUCUGUACACCCACAAAUGAAGACGGAGACUGGAGCCUUCCCCCAGACAGCCGCUAUGUAACUCUAACAGGCACCAUCACACGGGGCAAAAAGAAAGGCCAGGUUGUGGACAUCCAUGUGACCAUGACAGAGAAAGAACUCCGCGAGCUGGCCAAGUCUAGGGAACGGCUCGAUGCUGAGUGCGAGGCCAGGGAGGACUCCAAGCGGUCUUGCAGCCUGGGAGUGUGCCGAGGGCCUCACGUUGUCCUGUGGAGCAUCUCCUGUGCCCCUGUGGUCUUCCUGCUCUCCUUCAUCACAUCCUUCUACUACGGCACCCUGACGUGGUACAACGUCUUCCUGGUGUACAACGAGGAGCGGACAUUCUGGCACAAGAUCACCAUCUGCCCCUUUCUCAUCAUCUUCUACCCUGUGCUCAUCAUGCCCGUGGCGCUGUCCCUGGCGCUGUACUCGGCCGUCGUGCAGGUGUCCUGGGCCUUCAGCGCGUGGUGGCAUGCCGUGAGGGACCUGGAGAAGGGAUUCUGCGGCUGGGCCUGCGGGAAAAUGGGCCUGGAGGACUGCUCCCCUUACAGCAUUAUCGAGCUCCUCGACUCUGACACUGUCUCCAGCACGCUGCAGAGCAAAGCCCCCAGGGAACUCGCCCAGACGUCCUCGGUGUGAAACUGAAUGGAAACGGUUCACGUGCUAGUUUGCUAAUACACGUAAACAAGUACAAUGAAGAAGACUGUGUGCUACCUUGGAUAACUUCAUGAACAG